AUGCUCAUUGCCGAGCUUCUUGAGGCACAACAACAGCAGCAUCAACACCACCCCACGCUGCUGCGGCAGUGCCGCGAGCGAGUGCCGACAGUAGCAGCAGAGGUGGCGCCAGCGCCGGCUCCGCCGGCGAAGGCGCCCACCAUAUUUGCGUCGCGCGCCAAGUUCACGCCUCGGUGCCCUGUAUGGCUGAAGAGCUCCCGCAGCAGAUCCAACCUUCUGAAAAGCUUCACUUUGGAGGAGGUGUAUGAUGCCGACUACAGCAGCAUCCAGAUCGCAACCCCAAAAGCAGCGGCGACCCAGGUGCGGCGGCGGCGCGCGCCGCCGCCGCCUGCCUUUGUGACGCACGGCGGCGAUGGCAGCGGCGCUGCCUUGGAUGGUGCCCCCAGCGGACCCCACAAGUUGGUGAUCAAAUCCUUCAAAAAGUCGAAGCUGCUGCAGCGGCCAGACCUCCAGCAGAAGCUCAAGAUGGAGUGGGACCUGCACACGGCGCUGCUGGACCACCCAAACGUCAUCCAGGCCUACCUGGCCACCGAGGAUGAGGGCAGCGUGGGAUUGUUCAUGGAGUAUGCGGGCGAGAGCGACGCCUACUCGUACCUGACAGCUAAGCAGCGGCUCAGCCUGCGGGAGGACGACGCGCGGCAACUGAUGCACGACGUGCUGUCGGCGCUGCAGCACAUGCACGACCUGGGCUUGGCGGCGGGCCGGUCGCAGGCGGCGGCGGCACCUGGCGGGGCCUCGUAG